CUCGGUGAUGUCACGUGCGGCCUGCUGUACGGCAUCCAUCUCCACCGUCUCCACUCCCCGUCUCCCCUGAAAAAGCAAUCUCCCUCUUCCUUUGCAUUUCUCACUCCCUCUCUCCGCCCACAAUACCAUCAAACGAUGCAGUGUCGAGAGAGAGAGAAAAAGGAAAGAGAAGCCUGCCAUUCUUCGUACAAAACCGUGCCAAAGCCAGAGCGCGCGGCAGGCUCCGCUCCCCCCUCGCUCUUCUCUCUCUCCGUAAUUGUGCGCUAUUAUUGCAUGGAUCGGACAAUAGGAACGCUGAUGGGAGAUAGAGAUUAGAGAGGGAGAGAGAAGAAAUGGGGGCCUCUGGCCAAGAGCGCGGCGGUGAGCUUAUCCGCCGAGGUCCAAUCCUCCGCCUCGUGCCGCAUUUAAAGUCCGGCCCACCUUCUCCGCCUCCCUCCAAUGCCGCGGUGCCGGGAUAGCUGCCGGGCAUCUGUAGAAGCUUUGGCCCUGCGGCCAAGAACAGAGAAUGGAAGGCGCUGCACAGGUGACCGUGAAGGCGGCGCCAAGCCCCAAAUCGCCGCCCAAGUACCCAGACUUUUGCGGUCGGAGGAGACUCCAACUUGAAGUUCAGAUCUUGAACAGGGAGAUCGGCUUCCUCGAGGAGGAGCUACAAUCACUCGAAGGACUUCAAACAGUCUCCAGAUCCUGCAAAGAGGUUGAAGAAUUUGUGGGAUCAAAAUCAGAUCCGUUAGUACCCAU